AUGGAGCCGAAUUCAACCUCAGGGGUACCAAAUAAGCGUGACAAGUUUAUUAAUGUUGUUUUGAAUCAUGGUGAGCAUUCUGCUGUUUUUCGUGUUAAUACUAAAAUAACCGUAGAAGAACUAAAUCAUUUAGCAUGCAAGCACUGGAGGUCUUUGUCUCCUGGGAGUAUAUGUUUCAACUAUAUGGACAAUGCUCAAGUAGUUUUUGUGACAGGUGAUAUACAACUGCAAAGCUUAAUUGGUUUCAUGAUUCUUAUUGAUAAUGAAGAUGUCUAUUUGCAUGUGGAUAUGAUUCUUAAUCAUACUUCUCGUUCUAAGUCUAGUUGUAGCAGAAGUACUGGUUCUAAGUCUGGUUGCAGCAGUAGUUCUGGUUCUUGUUCUAAGUCUGCUUAUGAAAUUGAAAGUCCUAAGAUGGUAAGGGUGUUAGAUCAUGAUGCAGACAAGGGGACGCCUCUUAUUAUCGAUGAAUGGAAUUAUGUAUUUGACGAGAUUGGUAGAGAAUUCGUGGGUGGUGUUAAAGCUGUUAGGAUUGCUGUCGAUAAGUACAAGAUGGCUACUGGUCACAAGAUUGCUAUUCUUAAAAAUGACAAAACUCGUUUUAUUGCAAAGUGCAAAGAAGAUGGUUGUGCUUGGAGGAUUCAUUUUGGGCCUGUGAAUGGUGAUACUUCUCGGUUCGUGCUGAAAGGUUCUAACGCUCACAGCUUAAAACCCAGACAGAUCAUGUCACUUUUCAAGAAAACUUAUGAGUCCAAUAUUAAGUAUCACCAUGCCCGUAGAGGAAAAGAAGCUGUAUUUGAAGAACAGUAUGGCGACGACGAGAAGUCGUAUAGCGAUUUUACUUGGUAUGUCAAAGCAAUUGAAGAAACCAAUCCCAAUAUCUAUGUGAACUUUGAAGUUGAGGAUGGAACCAAUAUAUUUCAUAGGAUAUUCGUUUGUUACGGUGCUUGCAAGCAUAGAUAUAGGUAUCUCAGGCCCAUGAUUUACUUGGACGCUACUUUCCUUACUGGUAGAUACAGGGGUACUCUUAUGGCUGCAACAUGUAUCAACGGAAACAAUGAGUUUUACCCAUUUUCUUUUGUUAUUGUUUCUUAUGCAAACAAAGAUAAUUGGUUUUGGUUUCUGGAGAAUCUUCAACAUGUUAACGAUGGUCGUCUGAUUGUUUUCCUUAGUGAUCGUCAUGAAGGACUUCUGCAGUGCAUUCCAAAAUAUUUUCCUAAUUCACAUCACAACUAUUGCUUUUACCACAUCAAAUACGAUCUCCCCAUUGGAUCAGGUUAUGCGAAUUCGAAGCCCGUUCUUGAUUUGUUUUACAAAGCUGCGUACUCUUACACACCAGCAAACUUUGAAGAAGCUUUAAGGGGAAUGCAUGCAAUUGGAGAUGGACAUGUUGCUAACUAUAUCAGAACUAUUCCAAAGGAGAAAUGGGCAAAUGCGUUUUUCCCUGUAUGCAGAUAUGGUGCUCACUCUUCAACUCUUGCCGAGUCCUUUAACAACUGGGUUCUUCCUUUCAAAAAGUUGCCUGCUUUUGUUCUUCUCGAUGCGAUACCGAUACUUGUACACGUGUUCAUCUGUGAUUCUGCAACUGUGUGUACAUUAUUUUUGAAGGUUAUGGAGAAAAUGUCUGAGAGAAGGAUACUAGGUCUGGAAACAUUCAACACUAGGCUCACUCCUGAAUAUGAGGCUUUACUAAAGGAAAACAUCGACAUUGGUCGAACUUGGACUGUUGUUCAGUCCAUGGAAAGAUUGUAUGAAGUCAGGACAUACCAGGAGAUCAUCUUGCCAAUCCACAAUUAUGACAAGCCGCAGUCUUAUGAUCCUAGUGAUAGGGUUAUUGUUCCUAUUCAUGUUCCUCCACCGGGUAGACGAAGAACACAGCGCUUCAAGAAUGCACAUGAGAAGCAAAAGAGGAAAAUUAUGUGCACAAAGUGCUUCACUCUUGGUCACCAUAACAGAGCUACCUUCCCCAUGCUUUGA